AUGAGCAUAGACCUUGCGGUUAACAACACUUUCUUAAACACUACCGACAACACUUUUCUCUCCAUAUCAGCUCGCCGGCAAAACCACGCGGCAGCAGGACCGCGUGUACCCGACGCAGGCGCAUUGGCGCAGCAGGAACUCAUUGGACAACCGAAUAUCUAUAUAGGUAGUAUCGCCGUCUCAAUGAAAGCCGGUUUUAAACAUCAGUGUAUUUUUGAAAGCCGGUACACGUUACUCCUGACUGAUCGACUUAUCCAUAAAAACGAUGACAUGAUUUCAACAAUCGUGUCCUUAGCAGUUGCUACCGCCCUUAACUCUUCGACGACUCCGUUCGAUGGCGACUCGACAUCGGCAAACUUCGUCUACACACCCGCAAACUCGGACAUCUACAAUGACUCGAACGCGACAUCGAACUUUACCGAUCAUGCGUCGCCCGUGUUUCCGAGCUACAUUCGGACGACCUCGGUCGUUUUUUGUGUGAUUAUCAUGUGUUUGGGUGUGGUUGGCAACGUCAUGGUGCCAAUCGUCAUUUUCAAGACCAAGGACAUGCGUAACAGCACCAACAUCUUUUUGGUAAACUUAAGCGUUGCUGAUCUCAUGGUGCUACUGGUUUGCACUCCUACAGUACUCGUUGAGGAUUGGAACUCCACAAACUGCCUUAAUUUGGGAAUUCGUGUGUCCGAGUGCCCUUUCAAUGAAAUGUUCAAUGUCCUUAUGAGGACGGCCCAACGAGUUGUAGAACAAGAAAAAAACUUAAAGAUGCUUUCCACAAUUUCUAAAAACGGUUUUAUUACUGCAUUGACUGAAGCGGAAUGUACCCCCUGUAACAUAAAUCGCGAGAUCAUUUCAUCCCUGAAUAUGUGCUUGCACACCACGAUGUUUUCACGACAUAAUGGCUCCAUUAUCGUAACCCUGACCCCUCACAUUUUGAAUAUCGAGCUUAUCCUCUUCUAA